AUGGCUGUGGUCUAUCUGAUUUUGGCGCUAUUCAUUCAGAAUACUUUAACGCACACACAAAAUGACGUGGAGGAAAAUCAAAUAGAAGCUCGGGAAAUACUUAAAACGAAACCGGAUAAUGACGAACCUAUACAGAACGACUUCAAAGCACCCAACGAUUGGAUGGACAUCUUCCUCGGAAACCAUUUCAACCCGACUUCAUCAGCAUCACUCAUGGCCCAAGCUACAUUCAACGACAAAUCUCCCGAAGAACAAUUAGAAGCCAUCAAAGAAAUGGCAAACCAGAUAACUAUGGUGCUCCAGAGUGAAAUGGCUAAUCUUCUAUCAUACGCUAUCAACUACAACGACAAAGAAGCAGACAAUAAAUUGAGGAAAAAGAGAUCGAUUGAAACACCAAUGGAUAGCACACACUUGGUCAUGAGACUCCUCAAACAUAUUAAAUCAAAUAACGAAUACCAGAACGUGGCCAUCGAAAAAAUGAUGACCGCCCAGGAAAUAGCUGAUAAAUACGGAAUAAACUUCAGUCCUGACACUGAAAUACUCUCAGAUCUAGCUGUAGCAGCCAAUGAACAAGCUAGAGAAAUGACAGACAUAUUACAGAACGCUUUGGAGUUGAAGAAUGUUACCAAAACUAUUUCUUCCCCAAAAAUAUCAUGUCCAAAUGACACGCAAAUCGAAACUAACAGAAAACGAGUUCAACCAAAUAUAAGCGAAUCAUCUGAACCAGAGGUAUGUUACUUCAAACCGGAUUAUAACAAUGAGUCUCCUAAUUAUAACUACUAUUACACACCGAUUGAAACCCAAAUACCAGCCCCAAAACAUUCUCAUGCCCCAGUCAGCCAACGACCCACUUUCUAUAAUUACAUUCCGUACCCCACCGAAGAAUACCUGCCCUACUGUUCAUUAGAACCUAUGACCGUUGUAUUACUAGAUGAACCAAUAUUGCCUGAACCCGAAAUGAUAGGAGAAGAAUAUGAGGAGACAGUCUCAUCUAAAGUGGUCAUCGAUGAAGAUCAACUAGGUAUAUCUACAGUGAACCACGUCAUGACUUACACGUUGUCCGAAAAAGCGCAUUUCAAAACACCCAAAAUCGAAGAACUACCACAGCAGAUGCAAUAUUACUUCCUACUAAUGUAA